AUGGCCCAGCUCCAGGAAAACAUCAAUGGCAUCAUCGCUGUUUUUUACAACUACGCCAGGAGGGACGGCGACUGCAGCGCCCUGAGCAGGGGGGAGCUGAGGCAGCUCAUCGAGCAGGAGUUUGCGGACGUGAUAGUGAACCCCCGGGACCCCAACACCGUCGAGAAGGUGCUGCGCUUCUUGGAUGAAGACAGCAAUGGCAAGGUUGAGUUCAGUGAGUUUCUCAGCCUGGUUUUCCGGGUGGCCAAGGCUUGCUACAGGCAGCUCCAGCAGUGCCAGGCACCAGAAGAUGGUCAGGAGACGACGGUGCAAGAGGAGGCAGGCAGGGAGCAGACGCCAGAGCCGCGCGUGGCAGGGCCGGUGUCCCCCCAACAGCAGGACCCUGAGCGGGUGAGCAAACAGGUGCAGGAGGGUGCAGCAACCAAGCAGGAACGGGACACCCAACGUACCCAGAAGACUGAGACACCGAAGAAGGAUCAGGAUGCUCAGGAGACCAAGAAGGGUGACACACCAAAGAAGGACCAGGGCACCACUCAGGAUAACAAGAAGGGUGAGACACCAAAGGACCAGAACACCAAUCAGGAUACCAAGAAGGGUGAGACACCAAAGGACCAGAACACCGAUCAGGAUACCAAGAAGGGUGAGACACCAAAGGACCAGAACACCAAUCAGGAUACCAAGAAGGGUGAGACACCAAAGGACCAGAACACCGAUCAGGAUACCAAGAAGGGUGAGACACCAAAGAAGGACCAGAACACCAAUCAGGACAACAAGAAGAAUGAGACACCAAAGAAAGACCAGGACACCAGCCAGGAUACCAAGAAGGGUGAGACACCAAAGAAGGACCAGAACACCAAUCAGGACAACAAGAAGACACCAAAGAAGGACCAGGACGACCAUCAGGACACCAAGAAGGGAGAGACGCCAAAGAAGGGCCAGGACACCCAUCAGGAUGACAAGACUAAGGCACCAGAAGGGGAUCCAAAGACAGGAGAGACCCUGUAUACUGAAACCCCAGAGCAGGACAGAAAUACGCAUAAAGCUGCAAAGACACCAAAACAGAACCCAAAAAGCCACCAGGCCCAAGACACAAAGGCAUCAAAGCUGGGUCCAAACCCCAAUCAGAGCCUGCAGACGGAGCCAGCAGAGCAGAACCUGAGCUGUUCCCCUGAGACAGCAGGGAGAGACACAAACAAGACCCAGGUCUGCAAGACCUCUUGGCAGGAUCCCAACCCAGGUGAGACCCAGAAGCUGCUGCCCCCAGGAUGGGGUGGGAGCCCCCAGCCAGAUCCCAGGCCCUGGGAAACGGACGACAACCAGGCUCGACCUGCAUUCCCCGAACCCAAGGUGCAGGACGACAGCGGGGCCGAGGCUCAGCCUUUUCUGGGACAGCAGCAACAGGGCAGUCACGGCAAAAGACAACACCCUGUGGAGCAGCAGCACUUGCAGCCUCAGUGGCCACCACAGCAGUGA